AUGGCCACUAUUGAAACCAUCAACGAAGGCGUCGCCAUCAAUGGAGUGGUCAAGGAUUCUUUCCGCAAGAUCCUUACUCCCGAAGCCACUGCUUUCCUCGCCCUCCUCCAUAGAUCAUUCAACGAUACAAGGAAAUCCCUUCUCCAAAGACGAGUGAUCCGUCAACAAGAGAUUGACAGGGGCAAUCUGCCCGAUUUUCUCCCCGAGACCAAGCAUAUUCGUGAGAAUGAUGCAUGGAGAGGUGCCCCUCCAGCUCCUGGUCUAAUCGACCGACGAAUUGAGAUUACCGGCCCAACGGAUCGUAAAAUGGUCGUCAAUGCCCUCAACAGCAAUGUGUGGACCUAUAUGGCCGAUUUCGAAGAUUCCCAAGCUCCCACAUGGGAUGCCCAGGUCGCUGGCCAAGUCAAUCUGUACGAUGCCAUUCGCCGACAAGUGGACUUCAAACAGGGAGAAAAAGAAUACAAGCUUCGCACCGAUAGAGUCCUACCAACCUUGAUUGCUCGUGCUCGAGGUUGGCAUUUGGAUGAGAAGCAUUUCACCGUCGAUGGUGAGCCCAUCUCUGGCUCACUUUUCGACUUUGGUUUAUACUUUUUCCACAAUGCUUUCGAGCUCGUCAAGCGAGGUUUCGGCCCAUAUUUCUAUCUCCCAAAGAUGGAAUCUCAUCUCGAGGCUAGACUGUGGAACGACGUUUUCAACCUGUCGCAAGAUUAUAUUGGCAUGCCCCGUGGCACCAUUCGAGGAACCGUUCUCAUUGAAACCAUCACAGCCGCCUUCGAAAUGGACGAAAUCAUCUACGAAUUGAGAGAUCAUUCUUCCGGUCUCAAUUGUGGACGAUGGGAUUACAUCUUCUCUGUGAUCAAGAAAUUCCGCCAACAUCCCAACUUUGUUCUUCCAGAUCGGUCUGCCAUAACCAUGACCGUUCCAUUCAUGGACGCAUAUGUUCGUCUCCUCAUCAAGACCUGCCAUCGCCGUGGAGUUCAUGCCAUGGGCGGCAUGGCAGCCCAAAUCCCUAUCAAGGACAACCCGGAAGCCAAUGAGAAGGCCAUGGAAAAUGUACGACAAGAUAAACUCCGUGAAGUCCGAGCUGGUCACGAUGGAACUUGGGUUGCCCACCCUGCUCUUGCAUCAAUCGCCGCCGAAGUCUUCAAUAAACACAUGCCGACCCCCAAUCAGCUCUAUAUCCGUCGUGAAGAAGUCAACGUCACCGCCAAUGAUCUGCUCAACAUGAAUGUCCCUGGCACCAUUACCGAAGAUGGCAUCCGAAAGAAUCUUAACAUCGGCCUCGGAUAUAUGGAAGGUUGGCUGCGAGGAAUCGGCUGUGUACCGAUCAACUAUUUGAUGGAGGAUGCUGCAACCGCUGAGGUUUCACGAUCACAGCUAUGGCAAUGGGUCAAGCACGGUGUCAAGACGGCUGAUGGUCAGACCGUGGACAAGGCUUACGCUUUACGAGUGUUGAAGGAACAAGCCGAUGAGCUGUCCUCAAAAGCACCCAAGGGUAACAAGUAUCAUCUUGCUGCUCGAUACUUUGAAGGCCAGGUGACUGGUGAGGAUUACGCAGACUUCUUGACCAGUCUUCUCUACAAUGAGAUCACCACCGUGGGGUCAUCGCAGCCUAUUGCCAAGCUGUAG